GGCCUGAGAAAGAGAGGAGAAAAAAGGGAGGGAGAGUGUAGAGCAGCAGCGAUCCCUUCCUUCUCUCUCAUUCACUUCCUCUCCCGCUCUGCACUGAGGAGACCUCACUGCUCCGCCUGCACUCGCCUGUACUUUUGAUGCUGGACACAAGAAUUUCUCAUCCGUCACAAAAGGACAAUAACAGAUCACAUGCAGUCGCAGCGAUGUGUGGAAGCGGCUGGCGAUCCGAAUGGCUCCUCCGCGGAGCCCGGAGAUUCAUCAGGCCAACAAUUCCUGACUUCCCCGGAGCUGGCCCAUGAGGUGGUCAUCUCCCCCGGACUCCCUACGCCUCCUCUGAGCCCUUUUCGUUCUGCAGGAUUGCCAUUUGGGGAGUGCAAGGUGUCGGACGUGAAUGGAAGUGGAACAACAACUCUCAGCUUUGGAUCUUACUAUGGCCCUUCACAGUUGUAUGGUGGACUGUCCAACGGUGUCCAGGGUUCUGCCACUGUACCACACAGCUGGACCAGGGAGGAGAGGCUCAUCAAGUUCUCAGGAAUCGGUCCAGUGGAUGAAACUGGGAUGCCCAUUGCCUCCAGAUCAAGUGUGAACAAGCCCAAAGACUGGUACAAGAGCAUGUUCAGACAGAUUCACAAGAAGCCAGAGGAACCUGAUCCGAUGGAUUCGGAGCGAUGGUCAGACGAACGUUUCCAGUUAUCUACCAACACAGAAGAAAGUAACAAAGCAGACGACAAGCUCUUCAGACUGACGCCUCAUGGAGCCCUUCCAGACUGGAGCGAGGAUGUAGAUAAGCUGUCGGACCCGGGAAGGCAGCAUCCCGAACCGAGGAGCGUAUUUGACUUUGAGCCUGGCAAGAGCAGCGGCUCACAGCUCCACAGCCAGGUUUACGUCUCUCAGAAGAAACAACCCGAAACUCAAAAGUCCCCAUCAAUCGAGGCCAGUCUGGUCUCUGAGCUGAGUCGGUUUGAGGCUGAGCUGGACUCGGACAUCCAGGGCCUGGAGAGGAGACUUUCCCAGAAGAAGCAGCAUCGAGGCCGGGGUGAGGAGGCCGGACGCGGGGAUCCUGCGACUGUUUCAAAGACUGGGACUACAUACCACAGUAAUUCCUCAGCAACAAGGCAGCCGGUGCUUCACUCUGUUGGUGCUUCACUGACCUCUGCUCCCACACAUGUAGAACGUCUUUCUCCUUCUAAUGACACCAUGGAGCUCCCGCCUAAGAAAGAAGAGAAAAGGAUGAAGGCAGCACGAGCCAAGUUCAAUUUCCAGGCUCAGUCCCCCAAGGAGCUAACGCUGCAGAAAGGCGACAUUGUUUACAUCCACAGGCAGGUAGACGCCAACUGGUUUGAAGGAGAGCAUCACGGGCGAGCUGGCAUUUUCCCCACGUCUUAUGUAGAGAUUCUGCUCCCCACAGAGAAGCCGACACCCAUUAAGUCCCCCACGCUGCAGGUGUUGGACUACGGCGAAGCGGUGGCUCUGUUCAACUUCAACGCGGACCUACCUGUUGAACUGUCUUUUCGGAAAGGCGAGACGAUCGAUGUGACCAGGCGCGUUGACGAUAGGUGGUUGGAGGGGAGGAUCUCAGGGACUGUCCGGAGCGGUAUCUUUCCGGCCAGUUAUGUCCAGGUCAACAAGAUGCCCCGCACAAAACUCUCCACGGACGACUUCGCCCCGGGGCCCAUGUCCCCGUGCUCCCCUGGACCCCAGAGUCCAGGGCGUCCCCUCCACUCACCCGGCCCGCGGUCACCGCUGUCCCCCUUCACCCCCACUCCCCUCAGCCCCCAAUCCGAGCACUACCCACCGUCUUCCCCUUUCCCUUACGGCGGCGCAGCUUCGCAGUCGCACUCCCCCACGCGGUCACCUGCGUCCAAAGAAACGGCCAAUCGGUGGCCCUCCAAAAACGCCACGCUCACCAACCAGAGCGGCCAGUGGAUCGGAACGAACUCCGCCAACCACGGCUCCGCGGCUGCGGCGGCGUCCCCUUCCACUCAGCCGUCGUCCGCCGUGCACAGAGCAGGAGCUUCCACAGCAAACACGUCCCCCAGAUACACUGACCCCCCACAGGGUGCGACGCCGAACCAGGCCGCUCGAUUCAGUCCACACGGUAACUCCCCUCCACAACCACGAGUGCCAAACAACCCCGAUUCCUCAGCCGUGCAACGGCAACCAUAUAAAGCUGUUUACAACUACAAACCACAAAAUUCAGAUGAGUUGGAGCUCAGAGAAGGAGACGUUGUAAGAGUGAUGGAGAAAUGCGAUGAUGGCUGGUUUGUAGGUACGUCAGAACGGACUCGCGCUUUUGGGACUUUUCCUGGGAAUUACGUGGCACCUCUUUGACCUUCUCACUUGCUGCUUGCCCACAUCCACCUGAACUCAUAAGAGCCCAACCAACCACUCCCUCCGCUCCCUUCAACAGAUCACACUCCAGCAUUGGUCCGUCCUGUUAUACCCACCACGCUCCCCCACCUAGACCUGCAUCUGCACCUCUGUCUCCCAGCACAGAGGUGCAGAUGCCUCCCUGCAUGAGUGCAUGUGUCUAUGUGUCUAUGUGUGUGUGUGUGUGUGUGUGUGUGUGUGUGUGUGUGUGUGUGUGUGUUCCACCGAGUCUUGGAGAGCGUUUUCAUGCACACCAUUUGAGAGGACGGAAUCAAUGCUUAUUAUACUGUUUCGGAUGUAAAGAACGGACUUUUUUGUUCCACGACUAUUUGCAGCUGCAGGAAAUUAGCAUUUCUCCCCAGUGAACAGUGCUGUUCCUUCUGAGGAGCUGAUACAGUAUGAUGCUUGUGUGUCACCACAGUGCCAUCACAAACCACUGCUGAGAAUGAAUCCAUAAGAAAGUCACAUUUUUCCGGCACUGCCAUUGAUUAAUGUUUCCUCCAAAUAUCUUACUCGGAUUUUCUUUCAGAUCUCGGAAAAUACCAAGGGCAAGUUUGAGGGAACCACACAAACAUGGGUGCUUAGAGUAAAGCACUUUAAGGUCUUGGACAUGUCAAGAGAAGUUUACAGGCUUUAACGAGGAUAUACAGAAAAGCAAAUAUAAUUAAUGUGUCUACUGUUUUCAUAAGCAUGUUAUUCAUUAAGGGAUAUUUUUGCUUUUUUGUAUCUCCAAAUCCAUGGUGUGGAAUGCCAAAUGUUGAUGCAAUGAGAUGGAUGGUGUAUUGUGCCGUAAGAGGAAGUGCUUUGUUUUUCAAUGAAUCAGCUGCGUUGAAUUAGACAUCGACAUCGCAUCUAAAGAAAAUCGUUGAAUGAUCCUUCGUAUGAUCCUAAGUAUUUGAAGUAAAGCUAAAGGUGCCAAAUCUAACCUUUCAUGAUAUUCUUCUUUUUUUUAAAUGAUCCAUUUAACGUUCCCAGCUUUAUUUUCAUUACAGCUGCUUUCACAGUGUUUUCUGCUUACAGGGCUAACAUUCUCACUUUGACUUCUAAAAUCACUUAUGUUUGUACCAGUGCAACCUUUGACAAGUGGGGCAUAGUUAUACAUCCUUAUUUUGAGGUAAUUCUGCAAAUGUAUAUGAAUAUUCGUGAUUGUACAUACUGCAACCUUUUAUUAAAUUUAAAGUAUAAUAUAUAUUUGCUCAUAAAACAAUGUGUGUAUGUAUGGUACGAAAUCUUUUCAUUAAACAUUACAGAGUGAUACUGAAAGAA